GGCCGAAUCGUGUUUUGGCGUGCUGAACGGAUGAUGCGGAUAGCAGGCCACUGGUUGGAUAACGUCGUAUACGGCCGUUAUGCGAGUGAGGAUGGUUUCUCGCAUGGAGAUGAAGUUGUUGAUCCUGGGCGUAGGUUGAUCGAUGAGAGAUCUCGAACGAUGGCGGCUCGGCCAAUGAUGACUAAGGAUCUGGUAUUGCCCCUCUGGCCGGUGUUUAUGUCCACGCACCACCUCUCCCAGCCAGCAUUAUCAAGAUUCGCGCAUAACUACAACUACAACUACAACUACAACUACAGGAACGACAAACAGCAGCCAGCUACAACAGCUACAACAGCUACAUUCUAUAGAAUCACUACGGCGGGAUCUAUUAGGCUGUCAAAACCAAUAACCGCUAUUGACCCUACCCAUUGGAGCUGCCAGCUAACUUCAACUAAUCCAGGUUCCUCCUGUUUAAGCCCGGUCACCAUCAGAUUUUGAGGACACCAGCCCGUGGUAUCUGUCUGUUGGGCCGAAAUCCCCCCUCUCGUUGCUGGGCGCCAAUGCCUUAAAAUGGCUCAAUAAGAUACAGAGAGGGGUGCUGCAGCAAUCAUCAGGCACCCACCUUUGUUCACACCUCCAAGGUCUCUCGAGGGGUGUAUAUUUCUGCGCAUUAAUUUAAUGUUAUCUAGAGGCUUCUCAUGAAGCAGUGGUUUACACCAUGUCCAUCCAGACCACUUAUCUGACCGAUGGCAACUGGACAACUCGGCAAGUUAACAUUGGAGACAUCAUGUCCAGCAGGCAAGGGACUUCUGAUGAUGACGGUGUGCGCAAGCCACGGAGCGUGCCACCUACUGGGCUUCUUUCCCGGACAAUUAUGCCCGGCCCUCUGAUCCAACUGGCACUACCUGCGCGGCUCAGACAUCGUGAUAAACACGAUAUCGUUUUUGUAGGCGAUGAUUUUAUACAGAUCAAGGAACUUGUCCCCAACGGCCAUCUGGAAGACAUUGCUACAAAGGCAGAUUUCGAUACCAAGAUCCUCGAUGCUAAAGUUAUCGGGAACCCGGGAAAUGCGGUUACAGGGACGCAAUUUAGAGAGGAGGGUGAAUUGGGUGCAUUGUCUAAUACAUCACCUGACGACUGCUGGCAUAGACAGAUCCUUGUUCUAGUUCUGGCUUGCAGGGAGCUCCUGUUUCUGUACGGGGCGGAAGGCCCGUCAGGCCGCCCGGAAUUCAUCCACGUGCGACGCCCCUUACCAUCAGAUGUCAGCUCCCUCGAGCAAUAUGGCAGAUAUGUUGCGAUCGAUCCCAGAUCAAGAUCAAUGGCGGUUUCAGCAGCGCACAAAUUUUUCGGUAUUUUCUCCCUGAAAUCUCCAUCAGUUAUCCGCGCAGAGAUGGAGGCAGGGCCAGUUAAUCCAAUUCAGGAGGAACGGUUUUUUCGUGCUGAUGGCGACAUAAUAGCCAUGGAUUUUCUCCACCCAGCCGCCGGAGACGAGGAUAGGAUAGUACUAAUGCUGCUCGUAAACAAUCAUACGAAGACUCAUAUCGCCUGCUACACCUGGAAGGAGGGCGAGGGUCUUGCAAGUGUCGAGGCCAAGCGAAUUAAAUCAAGAAUACUACCGGAGUUCCGGCUUCCCUCGCUAUUUAUACCACUGAAAUUUGCGACCUCCUGUCUGCUGGUUAGCCAGGCAGGGUAUUGCGUCUACGAGAUCAACCUGGCUGACAGUACUGUUUCAAUGAGAGAUAAAAGUUCGGAUGACCGGGGAGGUCAGCCAUGUACGGCCUGGGUUCGGCCAAAGAGGAACAUUGCUCACCACGAAAUAGAAGAUGACCUUUACCUAUGCCGCCAGGAUGGUGAGUUGUCAUAUCUGGAAAUUAAGAAAAUGGCUGGGGAGUCAUGGUGGCUUCUGAAAGACAUUCGCAUAAAAUCAAUUGGCUGUAAUGUCGACAGAGGCUUUGCCAUCCUCGACUCCGGGUUUAAAACUGGAGGUGAUAUACUUGUGGCUGCAGGCUCUAUGGGUGACGGUGGCCUAUUUCUUUUGGGUGCUAGAAAAAAUUCGAGAUGUCUUCAAAGGAUCCCAAAUUGGGCUCCCGUUCUUGAUUCUGUUGUGAUAAAGGCUCCUGAUUCUCAGGGCACGGAAAACUACCAAAAUGGACGCAAGGCUGUGGACUUCGCCUUCGAUCGGAUCUUUACAUGUUCGUGGGAUGGCCUUUAUCGCGGGUCAAUUACAGAAUUGCGUCAUGGAAUCGAGGCCCGAGUCGGGCUAGUUAUUGAUCAGGAAGAUUCGUCAAGUGUUCUAGACGUGUGGACUAGCCCAAACCGGCAAACAGGAGGGACAUAUUUCUUGUUUUCGAACCCGCUAUCAUCAUCUGUCAUUUCUGUUCCCGUCGAAACUGAGGACGAUCUAUAUGUGAUGACCGAGGAAGAUACUGGCAUUGAUCUCGAGACCCAAACCAUUGCCGCAGGAAGCUCCCGCGAGGGAGUGGUCAUCCAAGUCACGGAGUUGUCGAUACACCUAUCCGUUCUCGAGAAUACGACACUUCGCUACUCAACACGGUGUCAAAAUCCAGCUGAACGUAUUAUCGCCGCAGCUGUCAGCGGAGCCCUAUCACUAUUUGCCGCGGCAGUAAGGACAGCAUCGGGUAUCCAUAUUCAUCUUCGGAAGGUAGAAAUAAACGAUGGUAACCUCCAAUGCCCUACUAUUGGGCAACCCCUGCCAUUGGCCUGUGAGCCGGUUAACUUGACAAUCGAAGUGAUAUUUUCCCAGCCUGUCCUAUUCAUUGGGACCACAGAAGGGAAACUCCUAUCUGCACGGAUUGAUCCCAUUCUAGGCCUUGUACCCUUAUUGGAACAAUCCAUUCUCCUCUUCCCUGGAAAUGACGAAUCAACAGUUUGCGAAAGCUUCGCGGUUAUUACCGUCCCUAGACGUGGAAGGACGAAAACAACACUGUUUUGCGGACUUCGGAGUGGCAACAUGGUUUCGUUCGAUGUACGGCUCGAGAGAGACUCCGGAAACAUUGCACUGGUCCAAACCGACGUCCGCAAGUUGGGCAAUACAUCUGUCCGGAUUCGAAGAUACGAAUCAGACGCAACCUUUGCGAUUGUAACGUGUGGCCGCGGAUUAUGGCGCCUAUCUGAUGUUGAGGAUGAAGAAUCUGACGAGUUCGUUCUUCACAAGAUAUGGGUCACUGACCAGAACAAUCCUGCCCGCGUGCAAGCUACGAUCGAUGUGUUUACCUGCAUCGACUCUCGUCCCGAUUUCAACUCGGGGGGACUUGGUGGUUCGCUGGUAUGUAUCACGAGAAACCAGCUACUGUGCUGCAUCUUAGAGAAGACACCAAAAACAGUUCCGCGGCAUAUUGCAAUCCCGGGAAGCCCAAAGAGAAUAAUAUACUCGGAAUAUUUGAAGCAACUCGUUGUGGCAUAUAAUGCCGUUGAACUCAAAGAGACUGCAGAGUGCGUGAAGCGCUGGAGACGCCCUCGUAUCGACUUCAUCGACCCGGACGACGAAGUAGGUGUGUCGUCUUCCAUAUCCCUAAGUGGUGAACCGGAAGGUACACCAGAGGCUGAACCCAGGCCAUGGAGGCCAACUGGUGGAUCCGGCGAAGAGGUCACAGCACUCCUGGAUUGGAGUGUCUCGAGCGGUGAUAACGUGCACCAUAUGGUUGUUGCCGCAACGGCUCAACCACACUCUGCCCAUAUGGGGAGGGUGAUAUACAUGGUAGCUCGUCCCAGCGCUCGAUCUCCGGGUCAGAUAGACUCGUCAGUGAAAUACGUUCUUGACUACGAAGCCCCUGUCAGAGCGAUAGCGCCCUUCAAACCCAGCUCUUUGGUCUUAGCCGUUGGCGAUCAAGUUAUUUUCCAAACUAUAGACCCUGUUGCAAAGAAAUGGCGGAAACGACCCGGCUAUCACCUGGAGUCCGAUGCCGUGGCCAUCACCGUGCGGGAACCUUACAUAUACGUCCUAACACUGAAAAAUUCACUUUGCAUUCUCCAUGCCACAGACACAGGCCUCACACUACAUGGCCAGGACGGCUCCGACAGGGAAAGCCUCGACCUCGUUAACCUACAAGACGACUCCCGCAUAACCAUAACAUCAACCCUAGGUGGCGCCAUCGUCGGCCUGACAGAAGUCGGCCUCACACCCGAAGACAAACUCAUCCACAAGACCUUCACAGCCCAUAUGCCCUUGUCAGUCUUUCGGCUAUCCAGAAGUUCGCGACCAGCAGCAACUACACCAGGCAUGGGCUUAGAGGUGACAUACGGCACCGCAAUCGACGGCACGGUGUAUAGGUUCACAACCCUCUCCGAGCCGCAGUGGCGCUUACUACGCUUUAUCCAGAAUGUGUGCAUGAAGGAACCGUCCAUAUGUCCGCUGGCAAGGCGCAGGCGGAGAAACUCCAUUGAUACGUGGGAGGUUACGGUUUCCAAGCCUGAGUCGUUGCAUGUUAAUGGGGAUAUCCUGAGUCGGUUGGUUGAGGGGGGCAUAGGGCAGUUGAGACGGAUGAUGGGGGUAGAAGAAGAGGACCGCAUGACUGAAAGCUCUAAGGUUGCUGGUAGUGGUGGUGGUGGUGGUGGGGAGAAGGUGAGUAGGUUUAUGGAGUUUGCAGCUGCGGUUGUUCCGGGUGCUGAGGAUCCGUUUGCUGCUGUUAUGGCAUGGAUGGGGUCUAUGGUACAAAUUUCCCUGUGACCUGCAUCUUUUGGGUGGGUGGGUAUUUACGAUCCUGGAAAAAGAGAACUGGGAAUUCGUUGGCAUGUUCGCAUUUCUGUCCGCUUCUCCAGAGUCCGGCAAAACCAGGAAACAAACAGCUCGAUUUAAAGGUGAAAAGCAUGGAUGUAGAGGGUUGCUCACCAUGUUCUGCUUUGGCCAUUUUCCCCCUUUCUUCUUCUCCUCCCUUUGGCGAAAGGAUUGAAUUGAGUGACUUUAUCCACGCUUCACACUUGAUUGAAUAUUUUGACAUCUAAGGAGAGUGAGAUGAAGAUGUCCAAUCACAUGUUUCAAAAGCCCUCCUGUGAGAGGUUGUUCUUUGUCCAUUUACGUGGUUGGGUUGCUCAGGAUUCAGGAUGAUUGAAUAAUUUAUAGGCCUAAAUAGCUGAUAUAGGACGAGAUGAUGAAUAUUCCUUGCCAAGAAACACAAUAAUAAGUGAAUAACAAAAGCUAUAGAGGUUAAUAUAAAACUCUUACAGUAUCAAACUAUAGUUAAGUAAUAUUAAAUAAAAUAAAAUUCCCCCUUUUGUCGUCCUUGC